UUGAUUCGUGAUCCACUUACUCAGUGAUGUGCCAUGGAGGGCCGCUUGGGCUCUUACAUGGCAACGCCCAAUACCGUCAAAACGUACGUUAGACCGUCGUUGCUGCGGCCGGAUUGUGUCCGUUCAAGUUCAACCACUGGGAUCGGUCACGCUUUUCGCUGGAAGCUCUACUCCGGUUGCUGCUUUGUUCGUUUAAACCAGCUGCGCUUGGUCCACAACUUCAGGAGGGUGGCCUGGUCAAUUAGGAGCAGCAUAGAUGGCAGUGGAUUGGAUCCUUCAUCUGCAAAUAGCACUAAUGGCAGCACCAGAUUGAUCAAGGCAAUUCAGUCUAUUCAGGCUAAGCUGGAUGCUAGGAUUCAAGAGCUAAGGAAAAAUCUUCCACUGAAAUUACUAUUUUUCUUGGUGGGAUUCUACUGCGCCACCGCCUUUGCAACUGUUAUUGGGCAGACAGGCGACUGGGACAUUUUAUCUGCGGCCUUGGCUGUAGUUGUUGUAGAGGGGAUUGGGGCUCUCAUGUAUAGCGGUUCUCUUCGAUUACUCAACAAGAUUAGGAGCCUAAUCACCCUGUUUAACUAUUGGAAGGCUGGGCUUUCCUUGGGUCUUUUCUUGGAUUCAUUUAAGUAUGAAGUGGACAAUAUUAUGGACUCAAGUAACCUCUUCAAUUUUGAAAUUGAUGCACUCUCUGGAUUCUUGUACUUGUUUACUGUUGCCUUUUAUUCCCAUGUAUUAUGAGGAAUGCAAGCAGGUCAGGAGUUCACUGCAAGUCUGCAACCAUGGAAGCUUAAAGGCAACCGUAGGUGCUUCUUUAAGACAACCAUUUUUGAGGCACAGAAUGUACGGUUGACUUGACUGUUUAGGGUUUCCUUGUAUAUGAUUAGUACAUAAAUUGGAAAUAUUUCACCAAAUGCUUGUAUUGAAAAUGGAGAAUCUGUGUAUUUAUGAUUGAAUAUAACUAUAAUAAUGGUAUAACUAUA